AUGCUAUUCCAGCAUUUCACCUUUACGGCCUUGCUUUACCUCGGGCUGGGGGCAAGGUCCUAUCCAUUCGAUGGGCGCAGCCCCGAUAGUGCGAUCACGGGAAAACGAGAAGCGCCAGCUUCACACGUUCUCCAUGAGAAACAGGUUGCUCACUGGUCAAGCCGCUGGGCAAAGAGGAACAGGAUUCCCGCAUGGAAAUUGCUACCAAUGCGCAUCGGUCUUGUGCAGAGAAACUUGGAAGUCGGAGCUGGACUCCUGCAAAAAAUCUCCGACCCGAGCUCCGAGGACUACGGCAAGCACCUGUCGGCCGAUGAUGUGAUUGACCUCUUCGCGCCAGCCGAAGCCGCUGUCGCGAGCGUCAAAGAAUGGCUCCUGGACGCCGGGAUCCGUGCUGAGACAAUUUCCCUUUCGGCGAAUAAGCAGUGGAUCCAGUUUGAUGCUCACGCCAAAGAUGUUGAAGAACUGCUGCUCACCGACUUCUUCGAGUACGAGCAUAUCGGCUCCGGUAGCCUCACCGUCGCCGUGGAGCAAUACCAUGUCCCCCUUCACUUAGGUGAACACAUCGACUACAUCACGCCCGGAAUUAAGCUCAGGGCUGGUCCCGGCAAGGUCAAUUCAAUGAAGCGUCGCGAGGCAGAAGAUGCCGAGAUAAGCAGGAAGCGCGGGGUGAGAGCCAUGUACGAUGCUGAUGGCAUUUUCAAUACCAGGGACAGCGCUACGGUUGGCCUGCCAUUACUCAACAUGAGCGUGUGUGAUGCCUACGUCACCAUAGAGUGUAUUCGGGCGCAGUACGGCAUUCCCAACAACACGUUGGCCUCUCCGGGGAACGAGCUCGGAUUUUUUGAAGGGCUAAAUGACCACUACAGCCGCAACGGCCUUAACAAGUUCUUCUCCACGCUCUUCCCCUACAUCCCAAAUGGGACUUACCCGGAGGAACGACUCAUCAACGGCGCCAUUGGUGCGGUCGAAGAUAUCCCGGGAUCCAACCAGUCCAUGGAUGGUGGCGAGUCCGAUCUCGACAUACAGGCGGCGUGGCCGUUGAUCUGGCCCCAGAACACAGUGCUAUUCCAGACAGAUGAACAAUUCUAUGAGAUCAGCUCGUCGUCAGCCAACACACCAUAUGUCGGCUUCUGGAACACCUUCUACGAUGCUAUUGACGGGUCGUACUGCUCGUACUCGGCGUAUGGUGAAACGGGUGACUGUACCGCUGUGGACUGUCUCGAUCCUGUGUACUCAGAUCCAAACCCCGGCGGGUAUAAAGGCCAGUUGGAGUGUGGUGUGUAUCGCCCUACCAAUGUCAUUUCAAUUUCGUACAGUGGCGGCGAGGCGGACUUCCCCGUCUCCUAUCUUAAACGUCAGUGCAACGAAAUCAUGAAGCUCUGCUUACAAGGGGUCACGGUUGUUGAGUCCUCUGGGGACUAUGGUGUUGGCUCCUUCCCGGGCGACGGCGGUUGGGAAACUGGUUGCGCUGGUCCUGACGGGGACGUGUUCUACCCUUCCGCAGACGUAAAGUGCCCCUAUGUCCUGUCUGUUGGGUCCACUCGCUUCAACCACGUCAGCAACCCUAACGACACCACCACAUAUUACGAGACUUCUACUGGGUAUAGCGGCGGUGGGUUCUCGAACUAUUUCGACGCGCCCGAGUGGCAGAAGGGGGCUAUCGCACGGUACUUUGACGAGGUGAUGCUCGACUUCAAGGGGUACGAAGAAGCUGGGAGGAACUUCAGCAACGUCGGCAGCGGCGUGUACAGGAGAGGGGGCCGAGGUUAUCCGGAUGUGUCGUCGAUUGGUGUGCAUUACAUGUCGUUCACCGAAGGACGAUGGGCACGCGAGGGUGGCACAUCGCUUUCGGCACCUAUCUGGGCAGCGGUGAUCACGCUGAUCAAUGAGCGGCGGCUGGCCGCGAAUAAGAGCACGGUGGGAUUUGUUCAUCCUGUUCUAUAUGCUCACCCAGAGGUCUUUACUGACAUUACUGAUGGCAACAAUACUGCUUGCAACUCGACCGGUUUCCUAGCAGCAACAGGAUGGGAUCCAGUCAGCGGUCUCGGAACGCCUAUAUUCCCGAAGCUGGUCGAUCUCUUCCUCGGAUUAUGA